AUGAGGUUCUCGUUCGUCUAUUCCUUCGCUUCGAUACUAUCACUUGUCAUUGCUGCUGACAACGACACCAUUACUACCGCUCCAACUACAACUGCAGACAACCCAUAUGCUACUUAUCCAAGUGUUCCAAAGACUGCCUCAAUCAACGGUUUUGCUGAUAGAAUUUAUGACCAAUUACCAGAGUGUGCCAAGCCAUGUAUGUUCCAAAACACAGGUGUGACCCCAUGUCCAUACUGGGAUACCGGGUGUCUUUGUAUCAUGCCAACGUUCCAAGGAGCAGUUGGAUCAUGUAUUGCACAAAACUGUCGUGGAGAGGAUGUACUGGACGCCAGGUCGUUGGCCACAUCAAUCUGUUCCAGUGCUGGAGUUUGGGAUCCUUACUGGAUGCCGCCAGCUAGUGUUACGUCGAUGCUCGAGUCUGCUGCUACCGCAGUUCCAAUCAGUUCCACUAUGGAGACCCCAUCUUCGGAGGCACCUUCAUCAAAUGGGGAAAUUUCGUCUACUGUUGUGCCAUCUGCUGAAUCAUCUGUUGUGCCAUCCACUGACCCAUCCACUGACCCAUCCACUGACCCAUCCACUGACCCAUCCACUGGCCCAUCCACUGACCCAUCCACUGUCCCAUCCACUGUCCCAUCCACUGACCCAUCCACUGUCCCAUCCACUGUCCCAUCCACUGUCCCAUCCACUGUCCCAUCCACUCUCAGUAGAUCUACAUCAGUGUCUUUUGUUGAAACUACUUUACCUACUGAGUCAGCUACCCGGGGUGAUCCAUUUGUAAUCUCAGUCUUGUUUAACGGUGAGGUAACCACUUUUGGGUCAAACAGUACCCAUAUCAAGUUGUUUGAUGGUGCUGAGGCUCAAUUCACAAUUAUUGACGGUUUGCUUCAAGUUGGUGCUUCUGGAUAUGUCCAAAUUGGUUCAGCUGGAGAAUUGAAUGUUGGUGAUAUUGACAGCGCAACAAGCGGUUGGGGACUCGAAAACAUUUGGGUUACAUUGACUCAGUCGUCUUCUGCAAGGUUUGUUAAGCGUGACAAUGAAGUUCAAUUCUUUGCAUGUCCUGCUGAAGUUGGUUACGAUGUGCGUGUUGCUGAUGGUGAAGGAUGUACUGCAAUUGAUGCUGUUGUUGGACCUUUGUCGGGCUCCCAAUCUUCAACUAUUGAAGCAUCAAGUACUACAGUAUUGGCACAUGGAAGCAGCAGUAUUGAUGAUGCGACGAGCUCAUUGGAGCUUAGUGAAACAAAUGAAUCUGUCACUUACUCAUCAGAUUCUUCGCGAGAGUCUUCUUCCUACCCAGCAUCGUCCACUGUUGAGUCGGAGAUUACAACAACUGAUGACGAGGGAAAUGCGUUUGUGUUAACCACAACUGUUCUUGUAACUAAGGUUAGUGAAUAUUGUGCGCAAGAGUCUGCCAACUCUGUCCAAAGCGAAGCGCAUGCAGCCCAAACAAGUGCGGCUGCAGUUCAAUCUAGAUGUAUUGAAAAGCAACAAAGUAUUGUUACUGUUAUUGUGUCGUGUGGAUCUGCCAUUUCAUCUUUGAACUCAGUCAAGUCGAGUGCCGAGCAAGUUACAAAGACUGAGAUUGUUCAUAGUUGUGAAAGUGAAAUCAGUUCCCUCCAUUCGGUUGAGCAAGAAGCACAAAAGACAUUGGAGGCAGUUGCAUCUGAAUAUGAGUCGGCAGUUUCGGUACAGCAAUCAGCCGCACAAGUUCAAAAGUCAGCUGCGCAAGUUCAAUUGAGUGAAGCUGAAUCGCAGCAUUCAUCGGAGGCUGUUGCGCAUGCACAGUCUGCUGCUGCUCAAGCAUACACUGCUGUUAUUGAAGCGUCGCAAGCUGUGUCGGUUGCUUCGAUGGCUAAAGAAACUGUUGCUGCUGUUGCUAGAACUGCCCCUGGUGUACAAGAGACUGGUAGUGGUGUUGCUGUUGUUGCUGCUCAACAAGAUGAUCUUGGAGAAGGAGAACUGACGCAAACUGUUGUUUUAACUUCAAUUGAGUCAGCUGCUGCUACCGGUCAUCAAAUUAGCCAAGAAGCAGCAGCAGCAGCAAGAGCAAACUCAUUGGGCUCCUCCUCCUUGGAGUCAGAGACUAGCAAUGAGACACAAACUGUUGCAGCAGCAAAUGCUGGAUCUAAGUCGUAUGGAUUAUCAAUGAGCUUGAUGAGCACCAUUGUUGCCUUUGCUGCUUUGUUGAUUUAG